CCAAACUUUUUCUCCUCUUCCAAUUUCCCUCAACAUUUACAUCACACAAAAUGUCGGCAGCCGGUGCUUCGGGUUUUAGCAGAUUCUGGAAUUCGCCUGUGGGUCCCAAGACCAUUCAUUUCUGGGCACCCAUGAUGAAAUGGGGUCUGGUCAUUGCUGGCCUCAGUGACAUUAGCCGCCCUGUCGAGCAGAUUUCGGUCAAGCAGCAGCUGUCGCUUGCUGCCACCGGCAUGAUCUGGACCCGCUGGUCGCUUAUCAUUAAGCCCAGGAACAUCAGCCUGGCUACCGUCAACUUCUUUGUUGGCUGCACUGCUGCAUACCAGAUCGCCCGCGUUGCCCUCAGCGAGAGCAAGGAGAAGAAGGAAAUCGAGGCCCCGAAGACUGCUUAAAUUGCAGGCUGAUCGGGCACCCCGCUCAGCACCUCUUGUAACUUUUCUCACUUUAAUCGUGGUUUCGUGACAGUACACCUUUAUCUCUACCGGACCUCUGUAUGUGUGCAACAUGCAAAGAGUCGUGGAAUUAACGGUAAAUUAUAUUGUGAG